AGCUAGAAGGUCAGCUUUAGUCCAAACAUUAUAUAUUGUUCGUAUUGAGAAAUUCAUUUAAGUAUGAACAAAAAUGAAAUUUAGAAUAUAGUUAUUUAAUAUAAAUAUGGAUAUCCUAUAAUUUAGAACCCAUAGAGUUCUACUCGUAGCUCGGUCUCUGUCUACAAGCCCUUAGUAAUAGUGCUUGUGCAAUGAGUCUCUGCAGAUGUAUUUUAAUAUGCUAGUUGUUGGUGUUGCUUUGUGUAACAAGUAACUUCGAUGGUCACUCAGCUAGAUUACUAGCUUAAAAAUGGUAAUGUUCAUUUAAAGAAUAAGAAAAAAUUAUGUCAGAAUGCUUGUACAACCACAUACUGCAACUAUCCAAACGUGAAGCGAAUUCAAUGAAGCAACAACUGGUACCACAUCUAGCUAUACAUAGCACACAUGAAAAUAUCAAAGUGUUCAAUAAUCUGAAGCCCCUUCUCCUUUUUGUUAUAACUAUCCAAGAUUGGAUUUUGUAUUCUGUUUCAUCCCUGAGAGAGAGAGAUGGAGGGUAUAGAUUACUUGGCUGAAGAAAGGAAGAAAGCUGAGUUCAAUGUUGAUGAGAUGAAAAUUGUUUGGGCGGGUUCUCGCCGUGCUUUUGAAGUUUCAGAUUAUAUCUCCAAGCUUGUUGCUGAUGAUCCUGGCUUCAGUAAGGAGGAAAGGACCAUGCUUUCUAGGAAAGAACUAUUUAAGAACACUCUAAGGAAGUCAGCAUACUCAUGGAAACACAUCAUUGAUCUUCAGCUUUCUGAAGAAGAAGCAGAGAAGUUAAGAUAUUUCGUCGAUGAGCCUGCUUUUAUUGAUUCUCAUUUGGGAGUGUUUAUACCCGCUAUAAAAGGACAGGGCAACAAGGAACAACUGAAAAAGUGGUUGCCGUUGGCAUACAAGAUGCAAAUUAUUGGCUGCUAUGCUCAAACUGAACUUGGACAUGGGUCCAAUGUUCAAGGCCUUGAAACCACUGCCACGUUCGAUCCCCAAACAGAUGAAUUUGUCAUUCAUAGUCCAACACUGACAUCAAGCAAGUGGUGGCCUGGUGGAUUAGGUAAAGUCUCUACCCAUGCGAUUGUGUAUGCUCGUCUUAUAACAGAUGGUAAAGAUCAUGGGAUUAACGGUUUUAUUGUCCAACUAGGGAGCUUGGAGGAUCACAAACCUCUUCCAGGCAUUACUGUCGGAGAUAUUGGAACAAAAUUUGGAAACGGAGCAUACAAUACCAUGGAUAAUGGGGUGCUAAGAUUUGAUCACGUGCGUAUUCCAAGAGAUCAAAUGCUGAUGAGGGUUGCACAAGUUACUAAGGAUGGAAAAUAUGUCCAAUCUGAUGUUCCUCGACAACUUCUCUAUGUGUCCAUGGUACAUGUUCGUCAAGCAUUUCUAACAUAUGCUUCUGGUGCUUUGUCUCGGGCUGUGUGUAUAGCAACGAGAUAUAGUGCUGUUCGUAGACAAUUUGGUUCUCAAAAUGGUGGACAAGAAAUUCAGGUGAUAGACUACAAAACUCAGCAAAGCAGGCUCUUCCCCUUGUUAGCUUCAGCAUAUGCCUUCAGAUUUGUUGGUGAGUGGCUGAAAUGGUUUUACACUGAUGUAACUCAAAGACUAAAAACAAAUGAUUUCUCAACGUUGCCUGAGUUGCACGCGACUACAGCUGGAAUAAAGUCUUUGACAACCACUGCCACUGCUGAUGGAAUUGAAGAAUGCCGAAAGUUGUGUGGAGGUCAUGGUUAUCUUUGUAGCAGUGGACUUCCAGAAUUAUAUGCCGUUUCUGUCCCUGCCUGUACAUUUGAAGGAGAUAACGUCGUGCUACUACUUCAGGUUUCAAGGUUUCUUAUGAAGACUGUUUCACAGCUGAGCUCCGGAAAGAAGCCAACGGGUACCAUAGCUUAUAUGGGGAAAAUUGAACACUUGAUGCAAUGCCAUUCUGAUGUGGAACAAGCCAAGGACUGGCUCAAACCUAGUGUAAUAUUGGAAGCAUUUGAAGCAAGGGCUGCCAGGAUGUCUGUUUCUUGUGCUCAGAAUCUUAGCAAGUUUGAUUAUCCAGAAGAAGGCUUUCAAGAACUUGCAACUGAUUUAGUUGAAGCUGCAGUUGCUCACUGUCAGUUGAUUGUUGUCUCCAAAUUUAUCGAAAAGCUGCAACAAGACAUUCCAGGGGAAGGUGUUAAGCAACAACUGGUGGUGCUUUGUAGCAUCUAUGCACUCUUCCUACUUCACAAACAUCAAGGAGACUUCCUCGCGACUGGCUACAUCACCUCGAAGCAGGGGUUAUUUGCUAAUGAGCAGCUCAGGGCCUUGUAUACUCAGGUUCGUCCAAAUGUUGUAUCGUUGGUUGAUGCAUUUAACCAUACUGAUCAUUUCCUUGGUUCAAUUCUGGGACGUUAUGAUGGAAAUGUGUACCCGAAACUGUAUGAGGCUGCGUGGAACGAUCCUCUCAACGAAUCGGAUAUACCCGAUGGCUUCCAUGAAUAUAUCAGGCCACUACUCGAGCAAAAAUUGCAGACUGCUAGAUUGUGAAUGAAGAACUGCAGAAAAUGGGAGAAGGCGUAGAUUUUCCCUUGAACUUGUCCUGAAAAGUCAGUUACACGCUUAAACUAUCAUAACUAUUAUAAAGUCGUCAUAAUUAAUUGUUUAAGCGUGUAACUGACAUGCUCUUUCCCUAUAGUAAUAUGACAAUAAACUGAAGGUUUUGAAGUACAAUAUCUUGUAUUGUGCUGUGCUGCAGUAGAUAUUAUUUGA